AUGGAUAUCGGCGCACACUGCUCCGUACCCGCUUGCCACCAGCAGGACUUUUUGCCGUUCACGUGCGACUGCUGCAAAGACGUCUUUUGUCUCGAACACCGCAGAUACGACUCCCAUCAGUGUCCAAAAGCCGGUAGUCACGACCGGCGCGUGGUUCAAUGCCCAGUGUGCAAGCAAAUGAUUCGCUGGACUGCCGAACAAGACGUCAAUGCCGUGUGGGAACAACAUGUCCGUAUUGGCCAAUGUACACCCGAGAAGCUCAAACAGCAGCAACUCAAGCAGUCCAAGAAACGUUGUGCUGCGGAAGGCUGCAGAGAAGUUUUGCACCCGUCAAACCAGUUCCACUGUAGCAAUUGUAACCAAGACGUGUGUCUAAAGCACCGAUUCGAGACUGAUCAUACCUGUGAGAAUAAACAGCAGGCUCAACGACAGCAGUGGCUCGGAGAAUUGAAGCCCUGGCGUUCGAACGGGGCCAAACCGAGACAAACUUCCCGAUUCCCCAAAAACGCAAAGGAGGCCGCCGCUUCGGUUGUGAGCGGAACCAAGUCGGCAGUCUCAUCCUUGGUACAGAAUGCCACGGCUGCAGGAAGUGCCAUCACUAUGAACUCCGAGAUGUGCCCCAUGUGUCAGCAAAGAUUCAACUACGUGAGUCAACUUAUCGCGCAUGUGAAUCGCGCACACCCAGACGUAUCGAACUCUGACAGAGCUUCAGUGUCUACUACAACAUCUCAGGUUGCGAUGCAAUCCGCUGCGUCUGCUGGAAACCUUCCUGCUCGUGAAGUGUGUCCGCAAUGCCGUGCUGUCUUUCCAACAUUGUCUGCACUCAUCCAGCACGCUGAGGCCGCCCACACAGAUGCCGUAGCUGCUAGUGAACGACGUACUGGAGACCAGGAGAAGUGCAAUGUUAUGUAG